AUGAAUUCAGAAGCACAGAGACUUAUCACUGUGUCUUUGGGGAAAAUACAGGCCUCGCGUUCCCAGCGAGGCGGAAUAAACUUGCAUAAAAACUUACUAGUAGCGUGUGUGCUUCACAAAGCCAGAACAGCUUACAUGAUGGACAACCUACAAACUAUGCUGAUUAACAGGAGGGCUCAAUCGGAAUCUAAACCAGUGGAAUCACCUGUUACUCAGAUAAGUACAAACAGUUCUUCAUGUAUCACAAAUACUACUAGCGUGGUUGUACGAGCCAGCCAUGACGCGACCAAGAGGUCACGCGAGGAAACAGAGCCGUGUACCACUGAAGCGUGUCGCGAACAGAACAAAGAAAACUCGCCACCUAAACGCCUGAGGGUUGAAUCAAGUGAUAUCACAGAACAAAAACUAUCAUCAGAUUCAUCAUGCUCAAAAUCUAAACCUUCAGAUUAUAAGAAAUCUUGUAGCUUGGUGACUGUGCGUGCAAGCAACACUCCCGUAACCCCAAGUCAAUGUACGGAACAGCCAAAGGUCACUGAUGCUUACGUCAACAGCCAGUCAUGUGUGGGGUGCGUAAAACGUAGGCGUUUUAGCACGGACUCGUCAACAACGGAAGAGGCACACGAGGGCGUUAAGCGGCCUCGUAUCGAACGGGUCAUCGAUACCAGUGAUGAUGUAACAGACUCUGACAAUGUUUUCAUGCCCGACCCCCAAACGGACAUACAUUCCCGGGGCGAGGCAGUUGAGUCGAGUUUACCCAACCAGGAUACCUUACACAGUGUGGUACAACAUUUGCAGCCAGAAUCAAUUCAAAUUACGAAUCUUGUUACUAUUUUUAACACGGGAUUCGGUGGACUUUGUGAAAAGAACUUAUCGGACAAUGUUGAACAGAUCGUUGACUGUAAUAAUAACAACGAAAAAUCCCAGGAUAAACGGGACACUGUGACGUAUUACAACAAUGUGCACGGGCACAAAUUCUCUGUACUGGACAGCUGUAGCACACAGGUGAUUGACUCUACAAAGGUCGAUUCGGUUCCCAUGCCAACGGCCAUUGCUGUGUAG